AUGGUUCGUCGCGUUUCCCCUGUCAAGAAAGCUGUUAAAGUGGAAGAAGCAGACGAAACCGUCGAAACUGAACUAACAGAAUCGAAAAUAGCUGAAAGAAUUUCGUUCCAUGACACUCCACUCAUCGAGCAGACCACAGGAACUGGAAUCAAUUGGUCCGAUUCCUUUCAUGGACUUGGGCUGGCUCCGUUCACCAAAGAUGUUGCAGACGUGCUUUUAGCACCCAUCGCCAACGAAGACAUCGAAAUCAAACCGGACGGGCUCCUUUACUUGCCAGAAAUCAAGUAUAGACGUAUUUUGAACCGCGCAUUUGGCCCUGGUGGCUGGGGAUUGGCGCCCAGAACAGAAACUUUCAUUACUCCAAAACAAGUUAGUCGUGAAUAUGCGCUUAUUUGCCAGGGAAGAUUGGUUUCUGUGGCGAGAGGAGAACAGGAUUAUUUUGGGGGAGAAGACAAGUUGACUACGGCACUCGAGGGUUGUAAAAGUAACGCAUUGAUGAGAUGUUGCAAGGACUUAGGAAUUGCCAGUGAGUUGUGGGAUCCUCUGUUUAUUAGAAAGUGGAAGGCAAAGUACUGUGACGAGAUGUUUGCUGAGCAUGUUGGGACCAAGAGAAAGAAGAAGUUGUGGAAGUUAAAGGUCAACCAGUUUGAGUAUCCGUAUAAGGCGUGUUAG